AUGCCAUCGCACGGCCUGACGGUCCAAGAGGUCGUGCAUGACCCGCAUAUGCACUCAGUCUUCCUCAAGUACCUCUCGGUGCAUGACACGGUCAACUUCUCGCGGCUCCUCUUCCUUGUCAGCGUCGACGAGUUCAAGAAGCUCUUUAGCGCCACGCCGACCAUUAGCCCGACCAGUCCGUCGAGCCUCCGCGGCAGCUACGCCAAGAAGAUCAUCGCCAAGUACAUGAGCGACGACUCGUUCUUCCAUAUUGGCGACGACAGCUUUCGCGUCCAGGACCAGCCGAUUGCGACCUAUGGCACGUUUCUCAAGAACGACCUUAGCAUGUGCUCGGGCUUGAGCUCCGACGCAGACCUCUUUCUGGAUGUCCAGAAGGCCGUGAUCACUGCAUUGGAGCCGAGCCUCGAGGCCUUCCGGCUCACGGCCGAGGGCCGCGCGCUCCUGCAGGUCAAGGUCUCGAUGAUCGACACGACGGUCGCGACAAGCCUCCACGAUGUCGAGGUUGACCACACCAAAGCCAACUUUACGCUUGAGCGCGUGCUCUCCAACCGCCGCCUCUGCUGCGUCUUUUGGGUCUUCCUCUUCAAGGAGCGCAGCCACGGCCCGCUGAGUUUCUGGAUGGAAGCCACGAUGCGGCUCCUACCGCUCAUGGACGAGUACCUCCAUGCUGGUGUUGCAAGCGACGUUGAUGACGAAGUGCCACGCCGCAGCAUCGACGGCAGCAGCAGCAGCCGCAUCGACAUUGACCACUCGCGCGCCAUCGUGCACCUUGGGCGCGUGCUGUGGAAGAAGUACAUGGCGCCGCACGCAACAGCCGAAGUACACGUGCUCUGCGAAGGCGAGCGCGCGCUCUUUGACGUGCUCGAGCACCACAUUUCGUCGUGGUCGCUCGAUACGCUGCUGAGUGCGACGCAGGUGCAGCAAGCAGGCCUGACGCUGCGCUCGAUCUUGUGCUACGUCAAGGACGACCUCCAAAUGAACCAUUUUGUACGGUUUCUGCAAUCCAGGUCGUUCCAGUCGAUGCUGCAGUCGUUCCAGCACCGCCUUUUAAGCCCGUUGCACCACUCGCUCUCGGUCGCGACGCUCAAAGACUCUCGCAGCAGCAGCAGCAACGGGAGCAGCUCCGGGUCGUCGUCCGACUCGAGCACGACGAGCCUACCGGAGCUCUUCCACUGCAUGAACGUCAUCUCGCACCAGCCGCAGCGACCGCGCUUGACCUCCUUUGCGCUGCACAAGGUCGGCGGCGCGCCGCACUGCAUCUCGGGCGUUCUCUCCUUUGCGAGCAAUGUUGCGACGCGCGGCCGGUUCAACCAAACGGUGCUCUACGCGCUCGCCAACGUCUACCCGCAAGACGAGUCGAUCGCGCACCACCACACGCUGCCCGACCACCUCGAGAGCUUUCUAUGUCCGUCGGCGGCCACGAUCCGGUCGACGUCGCCGCCGCCGCCGUCGCUCGUGCACGUGGUUGUCGGCAGCACCGAGCGGCCGUUCUACAUGGUGUGCCUCACGCGCUACGUGCCGAUGACGUCGUCCGAGUUUUUGAGUCCGCUCGAGGCCGUGCUGCUCGAACAAAAGAGUCUCCGCGUGUACGUGGCCGCGGGCAUCUGCGUCUUGAGUCGGUACCCGCUGUUUGAUACGCUGCGGCGGCGACUCACGACGCUGCACCUCGACGUGCUCACGGACCCGAGCUACAACGACCUCGACUUUGCGUGGAGCAGCCGCCACGUCGCGGCGCUGACGGCCCCGUUGCCAUCGACGCCGACGCCGUUUCCGGCCAGCCACGCAGUGGACUUUUCCAUGCAGCCGCUCUUUUUGUGUCUGCAUCUCGAUGCGAUUCUGCGGCUGUUUGCGAGUCUGCUUUUGGAGCGCAAGAUCGUGCUCAUCUCGUCGCAUGUCUCGGUGCUCACGACGGUCGCGGAAGCGUGCAAAUCGCUCCUCGCACCGCUGCAGUGGCCCCACGUGUACGCGCCGCUCUUGCCGCCAGGAAUGCUCGAGUGCCUCCACUGCCCGACGCCGUACCUCUUUGGCGUCCACGCCAACCAGAUUGACCACGUGCACUCGCUCUUGAAAGCGUCGGACGAGGAAGACGAGGUUGUGCUCGUGCAUUUGGACAGCCACGAGGUCCUGAACGCGCCCAUGGAACUGCCCCCGCCUGUGGCCUUUGCCGACACGCUCGAGCCGCCGACGCCGCGACCGUUCCCGCAAGAUGCGAUCCGCUCGCUCUUCCGCGAGACGUGGACUGACAUGAUGGCCGACAUGGAAGAGUUUAGUUUUCCGCUCUCGGACGAGGUCGACAGCAUGGUGGUCUUUGACAACGUCGGGUUCCUCAAGCACCGUGACGCGUCCGACGCGGCGUUCUACCAAGUGUUUGUCAAGACGCAGCUCUUUUCGCAGUUCGUCGCGACCAACGGCGUGCAAUGAGUGGCGUUUUCUCAACCACAACGUCGUCUCUGUUCAAGCGUAGUGUGUGCUGUAUCCUUUCUAAUAUAAACUACCUUCCGAUCCACC